AUGAUUCUCUCCACCCAAAUAUCACGGCUGGACGGCCUCAUGCUCUGCGCCUCGGUCGACGACUCCCCUGAACCCCCGGCCGUCUCAUCCCUCAAGUCGCAAGUCCGCCAAAUUCUACGCACCCUAACGCGCAACUCCACGCCCCAGGCGUCCAUCGAAUCCCCCCCUCACGCGAUCCACUACCUCAUCGACAGCGACAUCGUCUUCCUCUGCAUCUGCGACUCCAGCUACCCGCGCAAGCUGGCCUUCACAUACCUCGCCGACUUGUCCCGCGAAUUCCUCACCACCCACUCGCUGCAGCAGCUGCAGUCGCCUUCGCUGCGCCCAUAUGCAUACAUGGACUUUGACAGCUUCAUUACCAAGACGAUGGCGACGUAUGCGGAUGCCAGGGCCGCCCAGAACCUGGAUAAAGUCAACGAUGAGCUGAGGGAUGUGACCAAGGUCAUGACGAAGAACAUUGAAGACUUGCUCUAUCGGGGGGACAGCUUGGAUAGGAUGGGAGAGAUAAGUAGUCGGCUGAGAGACGAUAGCAAGAGGUACAGAAGGGCCGCGGUGAGGAUUAACUGGGAUUUGUUGCUGAAGCAGUAUGGCCCGUUUGCCGGGCUGGGAUUCUUUGUCUUGUUGUUUAUAUGGAUGAGGUUUUUCUAA